UUUUUUCCUUUUUCCCAUAUGUCUGUCGCAUAUGUCUGUAAGCCCACGUAAUGAAGAUACGAAAUAUCCUCUUAUCCUGUAUUUCCCCUGCAGGUCGUCUAUCUAACACCAACUCCCUCAAAAAGCCACCGGCCACAAGUUGUGCACCAAGAAUGAAGAAGCUAUCCUUGCCGGAAACUGUCACUUCCCCUGCCAAAUCAUCUCAGUUCUCGGCCGAAUGCUGGUUCGACGAUGCAUGUAUCCUUGACAUGGACUACUUUGUCAAAACCCUCUCCAGCAUUAAGGCCAAGGGUGUCCGGCACGACCUCAUCGGUUCCAUAAUCACCCACUACGCCUCCAAAUGGCUACCUGACCUCUCCGGCGGGGACGUCACCCAAAAGGGCCAAACAAAUUACUUGGAAGAAUCUCCGGGAAGCGUCACGGCCUCAUGGAUGAAGAAAAGGUUCUUCGUGGAAACCAUAGUAGGAGUUCUCCCUCCUGAAAAGGACUCCAUCCCAUGCAACUUCCUUCUUCGCCUUCUCCGGACCGCCAACAUGGUUGGGGUCGAGCCAACGUAUAUAGCGGAGCUUGAGAGACGCAUUUCAUGGCAGCUUGACGAUGCUUCACUGAAAGAGCUAAUGAUACCAUCGUUCAGCCAUACUUGUGGGACUUUGCUGGAUGUGGAGCUCGUUAUUCGGCUGGUGAAGAGGUUUGUGAAUUUGGAUGAAACUGCUAAGACGGGGGCUUCUUUGAUUAAGGUAGCAAAGCUCGUGGAUUGUUAUCUCGCUGAGGCCGCCCUUGAUUCAAAUAUGAGCUUGUCGGAGUUGGUUGAGCUUGCAGGAGCUCUCCCUGGCCAUGCUCGUGCCUCAGAUGAUGGGUUAUACCGAGCCAUUGAUACUUAUCUCAAAGCACAUCCCGCGACAUCAAAGGAAGAAAGAAAGAGUCUUUGCAGACUAAUUGAUAGUCGAAAAUUGUCACCAGAAGCAUCUCUCCACGCUGCCCAAAACGAACGCUUGCCCGUCCGAGCUGUUAUCCAAGUACUCUUCUCCGAGCAAAACAAGCUCAAUCGCCAUAUUGAUUGGAGUGGCUCCUUCAGUACUAGCACCUGGAGCCCGAACGUAGGGUUUGAACCUCCGACUCGGUGCUAUUCAAAGCGUGAAAUGAAAACUCAACAAAUGGAGAUAAAGAGGUUGAAGGAAGAUGUUUUUUGGCUUCAAAGCCAGUGCAAUUCCAUGCAAGCUCAAAUUGAGAGGCUUACAGAGAAGAAGGGGUUUUUCAAGUGGAAGAAGUUUGGAAUGCCUUCACUCAAGAGUGUUAAUGAAAUUGAGAAAAUGAAACAAGUUGAAGUGGAGGCAAGGUUAGGGCGGGAAACGCCAUUGGACAUGAAAACCAAGUUGAUGAGAGGUCGGACUCCUCCCAGGCGGAGGAAAUCUAUGUCUUGAACUUGAAGGCGGGUUAGGAACCAACUAGCUUAAUUAUGUUCUGGAAUUGAUGAUGUUGUUUGUUAUGUCUACAGAAAUACUUGGUCUAAAAAGAGAUUUACAUAUUAAUUGGUACAUCAUAUUUAUUUUAAAUUAAAAAUAGUUAUAUAUAUA